ACCGGUCCACAGUGGCAGACUGGCAGGUGGAAUGGCGACGAGCAAGUGCUCGCGUUCUGUUUUUACUUGAGUAAUAGACACUUCAGUCAUACAACGUCGGCAUAUCGGCACGAGAUUGCCUCUGAGAGAUACGUCAAAGACAUUCACUUCUCGAGGUGCGUAAGAUAAAAUCAUCACUAUGUCGACCUCCGCCAUCUACAUUCUAGAUGUGAAGGGGAAGGUUCUCAUAUCGAGAAACUACCGCGGUGACAUUGAGACUGGGGUUAUUGAGAAGUUCAUGCCUCUGGUGAUGGAGAGAGAAGAGGAGUGCAAUCUCACGCCCAUUAUCCAAACCCCUGAGUGCACUUACUCAUAUAUAAAGUACAACAAUCUGUACAUUGUAUCUACGACAAGAAAGAACGCUAACAUCUCACUUGUAUUUGUAUUUCUCCACAAAGUAGUCCAAGUAAUGCAGGAGUACUUCAAAGAGCUCGAGGAAGAGAGCAUCAGAGACAACUUCGUUGUGAUUUACGAGCUCCUAGAUGAGCUUUUGGACUUUGGCUACCCCCAGACGACGGACAGUAAAAUUCUGCAGGAGUACAUAACUCAGGAGGGCCACAAGCUUGAAAUACAGCCAAGAAUACCUAUGGCGGUAACCAACGCCGUAUCAUGGAGAUCCGAAGGCAUUAAGUAUCGCAAAAAUGAGGUUUUCCUCGAUGUCAUAGAGUCGGUAAAUCUUUUGGCUAAUGCAAACGGGAAUGUUUUGAGUAGCGAGAUAGUCGGCGCGAUUAAAAUGCGAGUUUACCUAUCUGGAAUGCCUGAGCUGCGUCUGGGACUAAACGACAAGGUUUUGUUCGAGUCGACAGGUCGUGGAAAGUCCAAGUCCGUUGAGCUGGAGGAUGUCAAGUUCCAUCAGUGCGUCAGGCUUUCAAGAUUCGAGAACGACAGGACCAUUUCCUUCAUACCACCCGACGGAGAGUUUGAGUUGAUGUCUUAUCGGCUCAAUACUCACGUCAAGCCACUUAUUUGGAUCGAGUCUGUGAUAGAGCGUCACGCUCACAGCCGUGUUGAAUACAUGAUCAAGGCUCGAUCGCAAUUUAAGAGAAGAUCGACUGCCAACAACGUGGAGAUAGUCAUUCCAGUGCCAAACGACGCCGAUUCACCAAAAUUCAAGACUACCAUAGGCAGUGUGAAAUAUUCCCCGGAACAGAGUGCGAUCACGUGGUCUAUCAAAUCAUUUCCUGGCGGAAAGGAGUACCUAAUGAGAGCGCAUUUUGGGCUGCCUUCUGUCGUUGGAGAAGAUGUCGAAGGCAAGCCACCGAUUCAGGUCAAGUUUGAGAUUCCAUACUUCACUACCUCUGGUAUUCAAGUCAGAUAUUUGAAAAUUAUUGAAAAGAGUGGUUACCAGGCUCUGCCUUGGGUGAGGUACAUAACGCAGAACGGAGACUAUCAAUUAAGAACUAAUUGAUCGCAAACCUGGGAGGUAGAAGCCACAAGUAUUCCACUUAAAAUCCUGAUUAAAGGAAGAAAAGUUGGGGACGAAAACUAAUUGUAUAUAAUUCGUAAAGCACUGUGUCUCGCUGAGAUAAUUAGUCGGCUAAUUACCCUCCGAGAAGUUAUACAUAUAUAUAUAUAUAUAGUAUUAAAGUCGAUCGGAGUGACAAAG